AUGGUGUCAAGUAAAUGGCUCUUUCACAGACACAGGAGCCACAGACAAUGUGUUGGUGGAAGUUGUAAAACAGGAACUGAGCGUAAAACGGCAACCUGGAGACUCCAAGAUGGCGGAGUAGAGGAGAACCUGUUAUCGGUGCGACUCCGAGUGAGUGGCCAGACGUUUUCCCUCACGGGGCUCUCAUUCAGGGAUCUAAGCUUCGUGGGGCACGUGGCAGGAUUUAAACAGUGGUCUGUGGCAAGGCCGCCCAGGACAUGGGGAAGCCGGCCAGCAUGGCCGAGCUGGGACCCGCGCAGACGCAGAGUGGAGCCGCGCAGAGUUGUGGCAGCUUGGAGACGCAGGGUCACUGACCCUUCAGGGCUGGAGUGGCUGAGUCCCAGCUCCACCACCUGGGUGAUGGAAAUAAUCCUUGCCUUUGUGGGGGGACUGGUGCUCUUUAUCCUGUUAGGCCCUUACUUCUCGCUGCCACCUUUGAAAAACAGGAAUAUCAAAAAGAUAGAGAAGAGGUGUAGGAAGAAAAGCAAGAAGAAGAGAAGCAUUCUGAAAGGAUAUUCAACUCAGCUUCCUGAAAAAUCCCAGGCCCCUUCCUUCUCCACCAUAAUUCAUUCUCCCAUUCCAGCUUGUAGAGAUUGCCGGAAGAAAGUGGAGGAAACACAACAACAGUAUGUGGGGCAGUGGACGAUCCAUGGGCCACAGGUGCCCAUGCCUGGACAGCCUCUUGGUCCCUCCUACUCGUCACUGCAGCUUGUGCCUUCUGUUCCCCGCAGCCACCUACGAAAGUUCCAUGAAAACAUUACAUUUCUUCAGCUGUUACACGAAGAUGCCCCGGGUGAGGUAUUCAAACCAGGGCCUGCUGGAGCCCACCAGCCACCUCUGCAGAAUGUGGAACAUUCUUCUUCUACUUCCAUGUCCCUGUUGACCUCCCUGCUUCCCCUGACCAAGCACCCUCUACCUCUGGCAUCAUCCCUAUCCGAUGAAGCUAGAGACCACCAGCCUGGCUUGAACAGAGUCCCUCUGGGCCCCAUCCCACAGGGCUCCCUCUCAGGUAGCUCCUACUGGGCAUCCCUGGUCACAGCCAUCUCAGGACUUGACUGCAUAAGCUACUGCAUUCUGUUUUUCUCCUGGUGGUGGACAACUACCAAGGCCUUAUUCUUCUCCACCUGGACACACGCCAGAUCCCAGAAAGACAUACAUCUUUCACACCAUCCUCGAGACUCCACACUCUGGGGAGACCCCACACACCAGCAAGUAGAGGUUGGGGGCCUCUCUUUCAUCAACCCUGAUGUCCAGAAACUGCUGGAGAUGCUCAUCAGCAAAAGAGCAGAACUAAAAGUGUGGAAGGAGAACACUAAGGAUGGGUCCUCUUUCAAACCAAUGAGCCCAGACCACUGCCUGCAUUCUCUGGGGAAAAUGCUGAAGUCACUGGGGGGCAAGAGGGACACCACUGCACACCCCUUCUGCAGCACAAAAGGGAAACCAGAGCAGCUCCCCGACUCCCAGCAUGUCUCUUACCACCAGGCCCCGGGGGACUCCUUAGAGCACAAACGCAGCCAGCUGUUCUGGGGCCCGCCCUCUCUGCACAGUGAGUCCCUGGUGGCUACUGCCCAGGUGCCUAAGAGGUCCUCCGCUGCACGAUGUAAAGAUGUUACAUUUAACAAAGUCUCUGACUCUUCCCCAGUUCCAUCUCUGGCUGAAGUACCUCCACAACUUUCCCAGGACCAGCCCUUGCCCAGCUAUGUGGCCCAAUCUCAAUUUUUAACACAAACACUGCCCCCAUCUGAGGCUCAGGCCCAGAACCACACCCACCUCACAUCCUUUCCCCCAAACCUACCACCUUCUUCUCCACCCCAGAAGAGGACCCAGAGAACAAUCUGCCCUACAUCCCAGGAGGAGGUAUGGCCUUUCAGCCCAGCUGAAAAUCAGCACGUGGAACGGCACUUGCAGAAGCAACAUAAACAGAAGGAGGAUUUACCCUCUUCACUCCAAAAAUCUCAGGAAGCCAACAGCCAAUCAGCUCUCAACCAUCGUCAGCACAGUCACCCCUCCCUGACCCCCAAGUCAACCUCCAUCCUUCCCAGGGAUUCUAACAGCACCAAGCUCCAAGAGCGACCAGAGAAACACAGUCUAGGGAGGUUCACCACAGAUGCACACCAGCAUGGCCCUCCCUGCAGACUUCAAGCAUCCCAGGACUUGACACAGCCUCGGGGCAAAUUCCCAAGGAAGUGUUCUGGGUGCCAGGCUAAAGAUAAGCAUGGCCCCUUCCUGGCUGCCCGGCCCCCGGAACUUGCUUGUGAAAGCAGCAAAGGUGUGCAGAAGAUGAGGUCCAGGUGCUCUGAAAGAUUCCUCAAGGGCCCAGAGCAAGACCUAGAGAGGCACCCACAAGAUCUACCCUGGAAUUCAAGAGGCACCUCAGUAAAGGUUCUGGAAAAUGAAAAGGAGGAUUCAAGAAGUAAGAAACUUCUGGAAAAAAUCCUGCAAGACCAUCUGAGCAGAAAGUUGGUACAGAUCAAUGAGGGCAUAAUCCCCGUGUACGUGCGUGGAUCCUGGCUUGCUUCCAACUACACUUUUCCCAAGUACAGCACCAACAAAAACAGUAUCAAUCUAGCGUCCUCCAAGGACCAGCUAUCUCGGGUGAACACCUCCCAGAAUCUUUCCUUCCUGGAUCCAGGAACUCACCUGAUGCUAGAAACAGAUAUCAUGAGGUCUCGAGUGCGACACAGGUGGAGUCCACACCUCCAGACCCUAGAUCCCCUGAGUCAAGACUUUGAUGAGAAACCAGCCUCACCCGUUUCACAGCCAGACCUUCCCUUGGUCCCCUGUGACUCCGCAGACGACUCCACUGCCCAGGCUGCCAGGUUCCCAGAAGGACUUCCUUGGAAAGGUCCAGGAGAGAAGGCAAUGAAAAAAAAGGCAGUCCCCACCCUGCAGAGUCCCCUCCCUGAGCCCUCACCUGCAGAGAUGCAGAAGGCCUGGAGAGGAACCCCACUGGGUGGCAGCCAUGAGCCCUCAGUGGUCCCUCCAGCUACACAGGGGGACCCCCUGCCUUCUCAACCUCACACUUACAGUCUCUCAGGCAGAACCCAGCCCAGCAGGAUUAUCACAGGAAUGGCAAGAGGCAGCCUCGAGCCCAGUCCAGGCUUGAGAGAGGCCAGGUAUGAGCCAUGGGAGGAGAGUGGAGUUGUGGCCUCAGGAAUGGCAAUGCUGGAAGGCAAAGAACAGUCCCAGUCUUCAAGAUCUGAAGAGACCAGAAAGACAGAGGUGGAGAAGGAGGAGCCUCCUGAGAGGGAAGUCCCUCCCCUCCCUGCCAGAGAAACGUCAGAUCCUCCAGAAAGCUGUACUGAGAGAAGGAAGAAUCACGUUUCGCAGUCUCUGCACCCCAAUAAAAAAGGCAGAGGGCAGGAAGAUUCCUUGCAAAAAGUCAAACCCCUGCCAGCCACUACCAAGAUCCAGAGAUCAGUCUCAAGCAGAGUGCCAAUGGAUGAUGAAACGGCUGAGGCCCAGAACAUCGUGACAGCUGUUGGACAGAUCCUGGUGGACAAGCUGGCACAUCAGCAUGCAGGCAGUCCACCAGAGUUACACUGA